CCCAAUAUUUUUUUCUAUGCCUGUUGUAAAACAUCCCCACAUUGGCCUGUAAUGUUUCAGGAUUCAUUUCCCAAGCUAGGAAAGUUGACGUUGCCCAGCUAUGUAGAGGGUUGGUGUGGCUCUUUUGCAAAGUCAAAUCGAUUAGGUUUUAUGGUGCAUACUCUAAAAAGCAACUAGCUUUCCUUCGAGGUAUUGAGCAUGUAGAUUUGACGGAGGGCCGUUACCUGUUAUCCAAACGCUCCAACUCUCCUGUCACAAAGACAUCAUCUCCCCUCACCGAGGCUCCGUCAACUCUCUCCAGUUCGAUUUGACGGAGGGUCGGUACCUAUUAUCCGGUGCCUCCGAUGCUUCCGCCGCCAUGUUCGAUGUCCAGCGCGGGACCGAUAACGUGGGCGGCGGAGCUGUCACGAGGCAUAAGUGCCUGUUUGCGGUGGAUAAGCAGCACGAGCACGGGCAUAAGUACGCGGUGUCCUCCGCCGUGUGGUAUCCCGUCGACAACGGACUGUUUGUGAAGGGGUCGUACGAUCAUCACAUCAAUGUUUGGGACACGAAUACGACUCAGGUAGUUAUGGACUUCAACAUGCCGGGGAAGAUGUACCGGACUGCAAUGUCGCCGUUGGCAACUUCUCACAUGCUCAUUGCGGCCGGAACCGAAGAUGUUCAAGUCCGCCUCUGUGAUAUUGCCUCUGGGACUUUUGCUCACACCUUGUCUGGCCACCGCGAUGGUGUGAUGACUGUGGAAUGGUCUACUUCUAGCGAGUGGGUUUUACUUACAGCAUGGAUCUAUGACUUUUAUGACAAUGGAACGUGAUGAGAUCUCAACCAAUACGAUGAUCCACACUGAAGAUACAAUGUGAAUGCACAACCAUUAUAUGCGAUGUCUAUUUGCUUGAAUUGUACACUGGUGGCAAUGAUAGACAAAUUCUAGUUUGGUUGCCGCCCAGAAUGGUUUCCGAUGAGGAUAAAGGACCAUCCAAGGAUGAGGAUAAUUGGAGUGACUAGCAUCCGCUGUGCUUGUGAUCCUCAUUUCCGCUAGGUAGAGCACCUUUGUCUUUCUCUGAGUUUCCUGUUGUGCUUUUAGAUCUAGGAGGCUGUAUUUGAUGGGCACAAUGAUUAGUAAGUUUAUAUUUU